AACCAGCUCAAAAACAAAAUCCGAGACCGUAUUCGGAUUCCCCAUGAGAUGGUGCAUCAGAUCAUAGUAAAUGUGACUUUAGUUUUUAAAAAAUCCAGUCUCAAUUAUGUCCUUCCUCGUUCUCGAUCGCUCAAAAAUCUUUCGUGCUUAGUUAUUACAAAAGGCUCUAUUGCUCGAUACAGUGAGGUUAGGGAUGGCACUUUAGCUUUACUUAAAAAUUUAAAGUUAAAGUGAAAAAUAAUUUUUAGCUCUUCAUCAUCAAUUCUCUAUUGGUUUUAACUGCAACUUUAAACUUUAAAAUUAAAGUUAAAAUACCUUCACUUUAAGGAAAGUUUAAAGUAUUACUCUAAUUUGUAACACUUUUUUAAAGUGUUUUUAAAGUUAAAAUGCCACCUCAAAGUGAGAUAGCCUACUCGAUAGAGCUUCGCUUGCUCUACAAUCCUAAUAGCUUAGAAUUAUCAACGUUUUUUGAUAUGACUAAAAUAUUGAGUCAACUUUUGUAAGUAGUGUUUACUUUAAUAUCCUUAGGAGAGAGUUUGCAACAUGAUCGUUAGGGAAAAGCUUUUAAUCUUCAAUUAAGGGAUCUCAAAUGUAAUUUACAGUCAAACGGCAUUGAAAUCCAAAAUAUUAGUUUAUUCAGUUAUAUCUGUGAAAAAUGCUAGCUGUAACAAGUAUGGAAGUUGAAUAUUACGACCCUUAAUGGUGCCUAAAAAUACGGAUGUUCAGUAUCUUGACGUUAUCUCAGAAACGGUUGGAUGGUUUGGGCUCGGAGACGUCUCAUUCUAUAGCGAACAGUAUAGACUAAUAUUUUGUCCUCUUUCAAUGGCCAACAUCGAAAGUAAAGAAAACGCUCCAACUCAAAAACUGAUGAAAAUUUGGAAAUGUAGCAUUCAGGCAGUAGUUUUCGGACUUUUCUUUCAUGCUGCAAGUGAUACUAGUCUUCGGUUUUCUUCAAGUUGUAGUCUAUACUGUUCGUUAUCAAAUGAGAUCUUUCUGAGCUCAAACCAUUCAACCAUUCGUGGGAUAACAUCAAGAUACUGAAUACACGUAUUUUUAUGUAUCAUUAAGAGCCGCAAUAUUGAACUCCCACACUUGUUACAGUUAGCAUUUUUCACAUGUAUAACCAAAUGAUUUAAUAUUUUGGAUUUCAAUCUCGCUUGACUGUACUUUACAUUUGAAAUCCCUGGAUUGAAGAUUAAAAGAAUUUUCCUACCGGCCAUGUCCCAAAUCUUCUCACAAGGGUAAUGGUGAAAACACUACCUGAAAAAGUUGACUCAAUAUUUUAACGACAUCAAAAACGAUGAUAAUUCUAAACUAUUAGGAUUAUAGAGCAAGCGAUGUUCUAUGAAGUAGGCUAUCUCACCGAAUCGAGCAACACAGUCUUUUAGAAUAACCAAGAAAGAAAGAUUUUUGUGCACUCGGGAACGAGGAAGGAUAUAUUUGAGACUGGAUUUUUUAAAAACUAAAGUCACAUUUACUAUGAUCUGAUGCACCAUCUCAUGGGGAAUCCGAAUACGGUCUCGGAUUUUGUUUUUGAGCUGGUUGGAGUAUAUAAAACUGCUAGAAACUGUUGAAGAAAAUUUUAUAAAAAAAAAGGUUUUUUACGAAUUUCCUUUUUUCUGGUUAAAUUAUUUUGAGCAUAUCUCCAUGAAAACAAAAGCUUUUCGAAAAGACUUUUUUAUUAAAAUGCCUAAAAUUAAAAGCUCUACAAAUUCUGAAACAUUCAUCCAAAUCGGUGAUGAAUUUUGUACAUGUAGUUGAGUUCAUGAGAAAAUGCUCCCAUAGAAAUUGAAUAUCAAAAAAUAGGCUGAAAAGAUGGAAAUCUGCCCUAUUUUAUACCCUUUGUCAUUUUUAUAUAAUUGAUCACCCCGAAAAGCCAAGCAUACCAUUUUGUAGAGCAAAUUUCGCUCUACGUUUGCCACUAUGUCACUUGUCUGGGAAAUUCCAAAAGUUGUAUUUUUUUUCAAUUGAAAUUUAAAUCAUUUUCUUCUACUUUAAGAUGUCACAUGUGAAGAUCUAUCGACUUUUAGCUCUCUCUCAUUAGUUCCUGAAUGGUUGCAGAAUUGUAAACAAUAUUGCUUCGCAUACUACGAUCAAAACUGAAUAAAAGUGGCCUUAUAAGAAAUCUUUGCGAGGAGAAACGGGCGAAUAAUAAUAAAGGCAUAGAAAAAAAGAUGAAAAACGCUAAAAAGAUCAUUUCUGAACUUUUACAUGAUAAAAACUAUGAAAAGUCGGCUUCUGGGAAUCAUAGAGGCUAAAGUAUUUUCCGCAAUCCAAAUAAGGAGCCUGUAAAUCGAAAUUGAAGCAAUAUUUUUUUGCCGAUUUUUUCGCAUGGUUAGAUAGAGCUCGUCGAGUUACCUAUAAAAACGUUAUUUCUCACAUUUUCAGAUGGAUUUUUCUAUAAAAAAUUUCGAAAAUACUAUUAUUUCAAAAAUAGCCUUAAAUUGAUAUAUAACUAUUUCAGCUAUAGUUAGUAUAUUAACAUUUUUUUAUAUUUAAUCUCGAUUUUCUGUUCUUCAACUAUUUUAAUCGACACUUCCGAUAAGACUCGACAUAAAAAGAGACUUUCAAUGGAUUUGAAAAAUAAAAUGAUUGAACAGUCGAGUCUAUCAUGACUAGACCUAUAUAUAGAUAUAAUAACCUUUAGAGUGGUACCUUUCAAAGACAUCAGCUCAUCAUAGACACAUGUUUUACCAAUUCUGUUUCCAUAGUUAUAACCCUCAUAUAUAUACUAAAAAAAAUAAAUAUGGGUUUUGGACAAUCUCCUUCUAUCGUUGAGAAGUUAAAUUUUUUUCAUAAAUGUUCUACUAGGCCUAAAGAUCGAAAUAUGAACUUUUUCGAUAUUUUAUGACGAUAGAAGAGGUUUUGCUAAAAUUUUCGCUAUAAAUAAUUUAGAAAUAAUUAAACACGCUUAGUUUCUAAUACAGUACACAUGUGAAAGUGUCAUAAAGUGUGAAAAUUACUACAGGCGCUGAAAUAAAUCCAUCAGUCUUAAUCGCUACAAAAUGGCAGGCUUAAUGUAGUUCUUGUUUGAACCAGCAGUUAGUUUUUAUUUUGGUGCUUCAUUUUUUGAAGUAUGUUGAUUAUAUUGUUGGCUGUUGUUUGAAUUGAUCACUGGAUAAAGCAGCAUAUUAAAGAUUGACUAAUAAAGAUUGCAUUAGGAAACUAUUUCACCUCCCGAUAAAGACGGCAUCUUUCUUUAAUGCAUAUCAAAAUACUACGCGAUCAUAAAUAACGUGAUUGGAUGGCCAUGUAUAAAUUACCCACAUUAUAUUCAAACGAUAAGAAAAAGAAAAUGGAUAGAUCAUUUUUAUUUCUAUAAUAAUAUCAUAAAAUAAAAACACUUUUCAAAUGGAAAUGUCAGGUGUAUCGAAGAAACAAGCUUGUGGACGUUCUGCUAUAUUCGAAAGAUGGGGGAAAAAGUGUUUCUUCUGAAAGCGAAAGUUCAAGUGAAGAUGAUUCUAAAAUGGAUGAUGACUUUAAAGUUGAUAGUGAUGAUGAAGGAGAGCUUUUAGAAAAAUCGAUUUAAAUGAUAUUGGUGAUCUUUUAGAACUUUGUCAACAACAAAGAAAUUUAAAAAACAUUGGUUUAUUAUUAUACCGGGUGGCCCAUAAAGAAUGGUGGUCUCAGUAUUUCCUCAAUAUCUCUUUCAGCUUUCAUAAUUUCGGGCUGCGUUUUUUAGCAAAAGAUUAAGCGUUGAAUUCUCUGCAAAACCAUAGAGAGAUGAAUGUCAUAGAGAUAGAAGCAAAAAAAUUAUUGUAGUAAUACUACGAACAAGCAUCAAUAUCAACUUUCAAAGAUCUUGUAUUCAAAUUAAUUUGGGUUUUUUCUUGGUGGUAAAACACUUUUAGAAAGCUUCAAAGUACCACUUCUGGUACAAUCAUGAAUGCUCUAUCUAAUGGAGCAUACGAAAGAACAUUUCAACUAAAAAUAUGGACAGAGCAUUCGGUUUUUGGACAACUGGUUCAUAUCUGGUAUAUUUGGGCUUUGUACUUGAACCUAGUCGAUAGGAAGCGACAUUUAUUCAGAAUUAAGGUAUACUUCCAUGAUAUUCCAUAGUAUGAGUCAGUAGCUUUUAAACAAACAGAAAAUUUGCGCCAAAAAAUAAUACUUGGCUGAGUUACAUGAAUUUUUCAAGAAAACGAAAAAUUACGGUAAAAAACGUGUUUUUUGGAAAUUUGAAAAAAAGUAAAGCUUAUUUUAUGCUGCAGAGUUUUGUUGUGGAAUUUUUCAACAUACUAAUAAGAUAGAGCUUUUGAAGCUCUACAAAAUUGGUAGUUUAAUCUGUCUCUAAAGCUCGACAUGAGAAGACAUAAAUACAAAAAACUGUAUUUCGCGCUCGAAAGUUGCUGAUGUUAAUUGUUCGCAGUAUUAUUACAAAAAAUGUUGGCUUCUACCUCCAUGAUAUUCAUCCCUCUAUGGUUUUGUAGAGAAUUCAACGCUGAAUCUUUUGGUAAAAAAUCAAUCCGAAACGAUGAAAGCUGAAAGAGAUAUUGAGGAAAUACUGAGACAGCCAUUCUUUAUGGACUACCCGUUAGAUGAUAUUACUAUAUUUUAGUAUUAGUUGGAGGAAAAUUAAUGGUUUUUUACAACAAAUAGGUGCUCUACGUUUCACAACUGCGCAUAAAUGAGCAAAAAUAUAUAUUAUUGGUGAUGCAACUGAAUUUAAUAAUGAUAAUCGAGGAGGAAAAUUAUCCGAAUCGUUUUAUGAUAUUUUUCCAGAUAUUGAAAAUGAAGCUAAAUUAUUUGCAACUAAUGAAUGUCAAAAAAAAACAUCUAAUUUUAAAGCAGCUGAUUUGCGUAAUUUUAUUGAUGAAAAAUUUUAUGAAGUAACAGGUUUAAAAAAAGAUAUUAAUGAUCCAUAUGUUAGAUCAGAACGAAGUUGUCGUCUUGAUUUAAAAAACCAUGAAAGAGAUGAUGUUGUUAAUCAUCGAAAAACUUUUAUUGAUUAUUCCUUGUCUCGUAAAAAUCAUUAUUACACAUUAACUGAUGAUGCAACACCAGUAUGGAUUUGUCCAACUCAACGUCCUUGUAUUUUAAUGUGUCAUGAUGAAUCAACAUUUCGUAGUGGUGAAGUAUCAGCAAAACGUGGGAUGAUGAAUGAUAGUGGUAGAUUUUUUAGUAAAGGUCGAGUAAGAAGUUACAUAGUAUCAGAUAUUUUAGUACAACAUCCAUCUUGGCUAUUUUUUACUUUAAAUGAUAAUGAAUGGAAUGAAGAUAUUAAAAAGAAUCCAACUUUAGAUGAAAUUAAUGAUGUAGAAUAUGUUGAAAGAUCAGUAACAGCUAGUAUUAAUAUUGGAACAGACUAUUAUUUUGAUAAUAAGACUAUUCUUGAACAAUUUGAACGACUUUUUCAGAUGUUAGAAUUUAAGAAGGAAGUCCAAAAUCAUGAUAUUGAAAUUAUUGUUGAUAAUGCACGAACUCAUACUGCAAAAAGUUAUAGUUUGAAUGAUUUUGGUAAAUCAGUUGGUACCAGAUGUCCAGUAGAAACAAUUACUUAUUAUGAUGAUAAUGGAUCCAUCAAAACUAUCGAUUCUUAUUUUAAAAAUGGCCCGCAUAAGGGCAAUAGUAAAGGACUUCUUGAAAUUGCUAAUGAAUUACAUAUAUCUAUUCCAAGAGCAUGCAAGUUAGGAGAAUUACACUGUCUUCUUUCGCAACACAAAGCAUUUAAAAAUGUAAUUAUUCACGUUUUUCUUUUAGUACACUAUCAAAACUAUAUUUCAUUUUCAUAG